AUGUCUAAGCCGACGGAGGAGUCGAAGAAGGAGAUUAUGGUGGAGGCGGAGGGUAAGAGGGAUAGGUCAUUGAUGAGCAUGUUUAAGUCGACGGAGGAGGUGAAGGAAGAGGUUAAGGAGGAGGCCAAGGAGACUAAGACGGAGGCGUCGUUGCUAGACAAGGCGAAGAACUAUGUUGCAGAGAAGAUAGCGAAUGUGCCAACGCCAGAGGCAAGUCUGGUCGAUGUUGAUUUCAUGAAGGUGAGCUUUGAUUCUGCAGAUUACCUUGCCAAGGUUAACGUCACAAAUCCCUAUUCGCAUUCCAUCCCCAUCUGCGAGAUCGAUUACACCCUCAAAAGCAUUGGCAGUGUGAUUGCUUCGGGGAGAAUUCCAGACCCUGGAUCGUUAAAGGCAAGCGGCGAUACUCUGGUCGAUGUGCCGGUGAAGGUGCCACACAGUAUUAUAGUUACUUUGGUCAAGGAUAUUGCUACAGACUGGGACAUUGAUUAUGAGUUGGAACUGGGUCUCAUCAUUGACCUUCCCGUAAUUGGGAACAUUACCAUACCACUAUCCAGUAAAGGUCAGAUCAAGCUUCCCACUUUAAAGGAGUUAGUAUUUGGAGCAAAUGAGGAGAAGAAGGAUCCAAAAGAGAGAGAGAAAGAUCGGAAAGAAAAAGAUAAGGAUUCAGAUUAA